AUGGGCGUCUACCAGGCAGUAAUGAAUAAAAUCAGGAGCAAUUGGCCGUUGGUGCUAUUGUGUUGCUUUCUUGGUAUCAUUGGUCUUGUGGCAGCAAUAGUAGUGCUAAGUUUAAUUCCAUUAUACUUGUCAAACAAUGGUAUUUUUGGUGCCAGUAGCAGUUCUUUUACAUCACCGUACACUGCUUCUUAUGGUACCAAUUUUAAAAGCGAUGGUAAAUCCGUGAUUCCGAAUCUCAACAGCUUAACCACGCAGUUGAUGAGCCAAUAUCCAGAUGUUGAUAUAAGUGUUAUGACAACGACAUUUAUUCCAACAAAUUCGAACAUCUCUGGCAAACGACGACGUCAAAUCCGGUCUAUAAACGAGAAAUGUGAAGUAGAUCCAAAAACAACAGGCGAUUUUCUUGCUAUUGCAUUUAUCAUCAAACCUAGAUUUCCAUGUCAUGUCGUCAGUUGCAAAAAGAAGUUCGAUGAAACAUUCGAAAAAGUCACUGCGAUCAUCCGUUCACAAACAACAUUGAUGUUAACAUUGGUUGAUGGAUCAACGAUUACAAUACAGAUAACGUUCUGUCGCACUGGACAGAUUCAACCAGUUAAUCCUACAACAACAAAUCCAGGAGUAUCAACAGCAACAACAACAAAUCCAGGAGUACCAGCAGCAACAACAACAACAACAAAUCCAGGAGUACCAGCAGCAACAACAACAACAACAAAUCCAGGAGUACCAGCAACAACAACAACAACAACAACAACUCAAGCGCGUAAGUUUCUUGAUUUUUGUUGUUCAUAA